GCGCCGGAAGUUGCAGCCUGGAAGCCGGCGAGGUCGGUUCCGCCCGACUCUAAUAUGGCGGCGCCCUUUGUCUGCUCUGAAGUGCCGUCCCCGGCCUUCUCGCGGCCGUGAUGCACCUCCUUCGGCGGUGGGGUCCGGGACAUGGCAGGUAAUGAGCUGGAGGAGACGAGCCAAGCUGGAGUUGACGCAGAUAAACUGUCAGAAGAGAGUAGCCCAGGCUGCUUGGAAAUCUGAGCAAUGGAUUUCCCCCAGCACAGUCAGCAUGUCUUGGAGCAGCUGAAUCAGCAACGGCAGCUGGGGCUCUUGUGCGACUGCACUUUUGUGGUGGAUGGUGUGGAUUUUAAGGCCCAUAAAGCAGUUUUGGCAGCCUGCAGCGAGUACUUCAAGAUGCUCUUCGUGGACCAGAAGGACGUGGUGCACUUGGACAUCAGUAAUGCGGCAGGCCUGGGGCAGGUGCUGGAAUUUAUGUACACGGCCAAGCUGAGCCUGAACCCUGAGAAUGUGGAUGAUGUGCUGGCCGUGGCCAGCUUCCUGCAGAUGCAGGACAUCAUCACAGCCUGUCAUGCCCUCAAGUCACUUGCCGAGCCGACCCCCAGCCCUGACAGGAAUCCCGAGGUCCCCGCCACAGAAGGGCCGGACAGGAGAGCCAAAGAGGAGAAGACGGCGGUCACCACAGUGAGCGAGCUGGAGUCCGCCAGCAGCAGGGCCCCUCACGGCCCAGGCAGGGAGCCCAAGGAGGAACGAGGCGGCCAGGCAGAGAGCGCAGCCAGUGGUGCGGAGCCGACAGAGAAGGCAGAUGCCCCCCGGGAGCCCCCACCUGUGGAGCUCAAGCCCGACCCCACGAGUAGCAUGGCUGCUGCUGAGGCCGCCUUGUCAGAGAGCUCGGAGCAAGAGAUGGAGGUGGAGCCUGCCAGAAAAGGAGAAGAGGAGCGUGAGGAGGAGGAAGAGGAGGAGGAGGGUGCCCCGCCCACUAUGGUCAAGGAAGAGGGGCUGCAGCUGGAGAAGGGAGAGGCCCCUGAGGAGAGUGAGGAGUCAGCGAGCACAGACUCGGGGCAGGAGCUGGGUGCAGAGGCCCGGGGCCUGCGCUCCGGCACCUAUGGCGACCGGACCGAGUCCAAGGCCUAUGGCUCGGUCAUCCAUAAGUGUGAGGACUGUGGGAAGGAGUUCACGCACACGGGGAACUUCAAGCGGCACAUCCGUAUCCACACGGGCGAGAAACCCUUCUCCUGCCGAGAGUGCAGCAAGGCCUUCUCCGACCCGGCAGCCUGCAAGGCCCAUGAGAAGACCCACAGCCCACUGAAGCCAUAUAGCUGCGAGGAGUGCGGCAAGAGCUACCGGCUCAUCAGCCUGCUGAACCUGCACAAGAAGCGGCACUCGGGCGAGGCGCGCUACCGCUGCGAGGACUGCGGCAAGCUCUUCACCACCUCAGGCAACCUCAAGCGGCACCAGCUGGUGCACAGCGGCGAGAAGCCCUACCAGUGCGACUACUGCGGCCGUUCCUUCUCCGACCCCACCUCCAAGAUGCGCCACCUGGAGACCCACGACACCGACAAGGAGCACAAGUGCCCUCACUGUGACAAGAAGUUCAAUCAGGUGGGGAACCUCAAGGCCCACCUGAAGAUUCACAUCGCAGAUGGGCCCCUCAAGUGUCGCGAGUGUGGGAAGCAGUUCACCACCUCAGGGAACCUGAAGCGGCACCUCCGGAUCCACAGCGGGGAGAAGCCUUAUGUGUGCAUCCACUGCCAGCGGCAGUUUGCAGACCCCGGCGCCCUGCAGCGGCACGUCCGGAUCCACACGGGUGAGAAGCCCUGCCAGUGCGUGAUGUGCGGCAAGGCCUUCACCCAGGCCAGCUCCCUCAUCGCCCACGUCCGCCAGCACACCGGGGAGAAGCCCUACGUCUGUGAGCGCUGCGGCAAGAGGUUUGUCCAGUCCAGCCAGUUGGCCAAUCACAUUCGCCACCACGACAACAUCCGGCCCCACAAGUGCAGCGUGUGCAGUAAGGCCUUCGUCAAUGUCGGGGACCUCUCCAAGCACAUCAUCAUCCAUACUGGAGAGAAGCCUUACCUGUGUGACAAGUGUGGUCGAGGCUUCAACCGAGUGGACAACUUGCGUUCCCAUGUGAAGACUGUGCACCAGGGCAAGGCAGGCAUCAAAAUCCUGGAGCCAGAAGAGGGUGGUGAGGUCAGUGUGGUCACUGUUGAUGACAUGGUCACACUGGCCACUGAGGCACUGGCAGCAACAGCCGUCACUCAGCUCACAGUGGUACCCGUGGGGGCUGCAGUGACUGCUGACGAGACAGAAGUGCUUAAAGCUGAGAUCAGCAAAGCUGUGAAGCAAGUACAGGAAGAAGACCCCAACACUCAUAUCCUCUAUGCCUGUGACUCCUGUGGGGACAAGUUCCUGGAUGCCAACAGCCUGGCGCAGCACGUGCGAAUCCACACAGCCCAGGCACUGGUCAUGUUCCAGACGGACGCAGACUUCUAUCAGCAGUAUGGGCCAGGCGGCACAUGGCCAGCUGGGCAGGUGCUGCAGGCUGGGGAACUGGUCUUCCGCCCUCGGGACGGGGCUGAUGGGCAGCCGGCUCUGGCAGAGAUGCCCCCCAGCGCCUCUGAAUGUCCACCGCCUGCUGAGUGAGCAGGUAUCCCUCCUCCUGUUUAUUUAAGGAUGGAUGGCACCCUAUAACUGAGAGGGGUGGCCCCAUCCUCUAGAGAGAAUAAAUUUGAUUAUUUUCUAAUGCUGCCUUCAGCUCCCUAGGGGGUGGGGUGGGGAGCUGGUAACCUGGGCCGAUACUGCAGAAGGGCUGCUCCACAAGAAACCAGCCGCCAGAGACCUGCUUCUUUCUUGGGAAAGCCAGGCUGUCCCUGCUACAGACUGGGACAGUAACCGUACCACCGGCCUGGUCUGUGACCUGAGUAGGGACUGCACACUCGGGGCUCAAGAGAACACAGGCUCACCUGCCCUGUCAUUCCAGUCUCCUCUUUGCAGGCUUUACACCUAUGCAGUUUUAGGGUUCGACUGCCUCACUGCACCUUGCAGCAGAGACAUGACUCUGCUCUCUUGCCUGAGAAUUCAAUAAGCUGGACCAGUAAGCACUGGCCACACAUGUUUGCCAGAACCCAGAGCCCCAACAGAGCCCAGCUCAGAGCCUGUCCCAGAGCAGCAGAGUAGGCAGACCAGCAGGCCACUGGCCCAGUCCCGGUGUGCUUGGGAAGCAGGAAGGCUCCACACACACCACAGUAAUCCCGGCCCAAGGAUUAAGGCCAAGCCAGUGCUGUCAGUUGGGAACAUGUAUUUGCCCUGAAUUAGCGCAGUCUCUGCUAGCAGACCAGGAGUCUGGAAGGAUGGAACAAUCAGCAGCUCUGGUGGAGAAAUGGGAAGCAGGGGGUGGGGGCACUCACAGCGUUACAGAAACUACAAGCAGCUCCUUUCCCCCGUGGGUAGGGAGACAGAUGCCAUUUCCCACACAGCUUGCCCCUGGUAGCUGUACUCCUGGACGCUGAGAUAAUGCCAUCUUCUCCCCCUCAAAGGAGAAACAUAUUGCAAGUGAGACUACCCACUGUGGUCCCCAUGUGCCCAUCUCCCCAGCCUGGCCCCCGUCCUACUGCCGCAGGAGGAAACCAGGAGCACCAGGCCAGUCUGCUGCUGCAAGGCCAGCUGGUGCCUUAGCCAGAGAAGAGGAAGGGGUGAGGGACAACACAGCUCACUUGAGGGGGUUCUGAGUUUGGGGUGGAGAUGAAGGUAUUUUGUAAUUGAAUUUAAAGUGCCUUUCAACCAGUCAAAACCUUGCAGUGUCACAAGUGCACAUGCUUCAAGAUUGGUGUCUGUGAUAAAAAAUCUCUUGUAAGUGAGAUUAGUAUUGGGGAGGUGGGGAUUAAAUACUGAACAAGUCAGCCCCCAUUACAAACUAGGGGGUCGGGGAGAAAAAGCCAAAAUGUGAGGAGGGAUAGCUUUUUUCCCGUAAGCGAGCAACCCUUGGUCUCCCCACCCAAGUGACAAUCACAUUCACACUUGACUUGUUUUGUAUUUUUUAAUAAAGUUUGUAAUCCAAUGGA